AUGGGUGAAAUCAGAUUCGAUGGAAAGACAGUCAUCGUGACCGGAGCUGGUGGCGGUCUUGGAAAAGCUUACUCUCUCUUCUUCGGCUCGCGCGGCGCCAAUGUCGUUGUCAAUGACCUUGGUGGUUCUGCUAAAGGACAGGGUGCAGACUCUCGUGCUGCAGACAUCGUGGUCCAAGAGAUCAUCAAGGCUGGCGGAAAGGCAGUCGCCAACUACAAUUCUGUCGAAGAUGGCGCCAAGAUUGUCGAGACUGCCGUCAAGGCAUUCGGUACCGUCCACAUUCUCAUCAACAAUGCUGGUAUUCUUCGAGACAAAGCCUUCAAGAACAUGAGUGACGAGGAUUGGGAUCUCAUCAACCGCGUGCAUACUUUCGGAGCGUAUUCCUGCGCAAAAGCAUGCUGGCCUCUGUUUCGAAAGCAGCAAUUCGGACGCAUCAUCAACACAGCGUCCGCUGCUGGUAUCUAUGGCAACUACGGGCAGGCAAACUAUUCAGCGCAAAAGAUGGGUCAAAUUGCAUUCACGUAUACCCUUGCCAAAGAAGGUGCAAAAUACAACAUUCUCACCAACUGUAUCGCCCCUAUCGCCGCUUCUCGCAUGACGGCAACAGUCAUGGGCGAGGAACAGCUCAAGCUCGUUACGCCAGACUUUGUUGUUCCAACCGUGGCAUUUUUGUGUUCUGAGCAAAAAGAGAAUUCCGGUGGUCUUUAUGAGCUCGGUGGUGGUGUCGUCUUCAAACUUCGUUGGGAGCGUGCUACUGGUGCUUUGCUGAAGCCCGAUGCUUCGUUGACGCCUGAUGCUGUCCUUGCCAAGUGGGAUGAUGUCGAGAACUUUGACAAACCAACAUACCCCACUGGCGCAGCUGAUAUGGACUACAUGGGUGUCCUUGAGCAAUCCAAAAACAUGCCUCCCAACUCUCAAGGUGACACAAAGGUCAACUUCAAGGACAAGGUCGUCAUCGUGACUGGUGCUGGUGGUGGUCUCGGUCGCGCCUAUGCAAUCUUGUUUGCAAAGCUCGGCGCAAAGGUUGUCGUCAACGAUGUUGGCGACCCAUCCAAGGUUGUUGAGGAGUGCAAGAAGCUUGGUGCAGAAGCUAUUGGUGACCGUCAUUCUGUUGAGGAUGGUGAUGCUGUUGUCAAGACUGCCAUCGAUGCCUUUGGGACCGUUCACGUUGUCAUUAACAACGCUGGUAUCUUGCGAGACAAAUCCUUCUUGGCCAUGACGGAUGAGCAGUGGGAAAUCAUUCAGGCUGUGCACAUGCGCGGUACCUACAAGAUGACUAAAGCUGCAUGGCCACACAUGCUGAAGCAAAAAUACGGUAGGUUCGUCAACACCUCCUCUGUGUCUGGUCUCUAUGGUUCAUUCGGACAAGCCAACUACUCAGUUGCCAAGAUGGCAAUCCUUGGCUUCUCCCAGGCUGUGGCAAAGGAGGGAGAAAAGUACAAUAUCCUCACAAACUGUAUCGCACCCAAUGCCGGAACCAACAUGCUGCGAACGAUUGCCCCUGAGGAAGUGGUGAACGCCAUGUCUCCAGACUUUGUCGCACCACUUGUCGUGGCACUUGCCUCGGAAGAGUCUCCUGCCAACGGCAAGGUUUAUGAAACUGGUUGCGGCUGGAUUGGUCGUCUGAGAUGGCAACGCACUGAAGGACACGGCUUCCCAGUGGAUGUCAAGAUGACUCCCGAGCACAUUGCAGAGAAGUGGGAGGACAUUACCAGCUUCACAAAGGGCGAGCCUACCAACCCAGAGAGCUCGCAGGAGACCGUCAUGGCUUUCCUUGCGAAUGCCGACAACCGUGUUAAUGGUGGUGGUGAUGAGGAAGAGGAUGACACGCCACUCGGCAAGGUCAACAAGGCUAUUGCUUCGCCUAUUGAACAGACCAAAUUCACCUACACUGAGCGCGAUGUCAUUCUCUACAACUUGGGCAUUGGUGCCAAGAAGACUGAACUCGACUAUGUCUAUGAGAAUGCAGAAAACUUCCAGGCAUUGCCAACGUUUGGUGUCAUUCCUCAGUUUGAUGCACAGAUGGGUAUCCAGUGGGAUGAAUUCCUGCCAAACUUUAGCCCUAUGCUCUUGUUGCACGGUGAGCAAUUCUUGGAAAUCAAGAAGCCUAUCCCAACGGCCGGUACGUUGACGAUUGACACGCAGCUCGCUGAAGUGCUCGACAAGGGUAAAGCUGCUUCAGUGGUUGUGCGUACCAUCACCAAGGACGAACAAGGCGAUGUCAUCUUCAACAAUGAAUCAACCAUCUUUGUCCGUGGUUCCGGUGGCUUUGGCGGCGAGUCGAAGGGUGCUGACCGUGGUGCUGCAACAGCUGCCAACAAGGUGCCUGCACGCAAGCCUGAUGCUGUUGUGGAGGAAAAGACGACAGAGGAGCAGGCAGUGUUGUACAGGUUGUCUGGUGACUACAACCCGUUGCACGUUGACCCUGCAUUUGCAGCCGUUGGCAAGUUCCCACAGCCCAUUGUGCAUGGUUUGUGCUUCUUUGGCUUUGCUGGUAAGCAUAUCCUCAAGACGUACGGUGCCAUCAAGAGCAUCAAGGUACGAUUCGUGGGUAGUGUGUUCCCUGGCGAGACUCUCAAGACGGAGAUGUGGAAGGAGGGCAACAAGGUCAUCUUCCAGACAUGGGUAGUUGAGCGCAAUGCCCUGUGCAUCUCUGCCGCUGCUGCUGAGCUCGAGGACGGAGCCAAGCCCAAGCUUUAG